GACACACCAAUCCAUUAAAGAAGAAACAUCCUCAACAGGAGCCGGGCCCUUCGAUUCGCGAAUAUAAACCGACAUAAGGUACACCUAUUCGCUUAUCUUCCGCCGACGCCGUCACUACUACGACUCCCGCUUGCUUUUUGACACUCGACAGGGCUCGCUAGCCCCCCACACUCGCGAUGGCGACCACAACCGUAACAGCGACGAUCCGCAAGAAGGAGGCAAACCUCCCCCCAGAGAACGAGCGCUUCCUUCGGUGCUGUGCAGACAUUGCCAGUGCCUUGAUAGAAGACCAUGAGGCGGCUAGGGACCCGAGUCGGCCUCGAAAAGAUAUCAACCUAAAUACGCUUCGAUCCAAGUUCGCCAAAAAGCACAAGAUCAACAAUGUGCCGCCUCUCACGGCCAUCAUCGCGGCAGUACCUGAGCAUUACAAGAAGUACAUUCUCCCGAGGCUUGUAGCAAAGCCUAUCCGUACAUCAUCCGGUAUCGCUGUGGUGGCUGUCAUGUGCAAGCCACAUCGUUGUCCUCACAUCGCCUACACUGGAAACAUCUGCGUCUACUGCCCAGGCGGCCCGGACUCAGACUUCGAAUAUAGUACACAGUCAUAUACCGGCUAUGAACCAACAUCUAUGCGAGCCAUUCGCGCCCGCUACGACCCCUUUGAACAGGCUCGCGGGCGAGUCGACCAGCUCAAGGCACUCGGCCACUCGGUGGAUAAAGUGGAAUUCAUCAUCAUGGGAGGGACAUUUAUGUCGUUGCCGGAAUCGUACAGGGACGAGUUCAUAUCGCAGCUUCACAACGCACUCAGCGGAUACGGGACGCUAAAUGUGGACGAGGCCGUCCGGGCCGGCGAACAAAGCAGCAUCAAGUGCGUGGGGAUCACCAUCGAGACACGGCCGGAUUACUGCCUCCAACCACACCUUUCCAGCAUGCUGCGGUACGGCUGCACUCGCCUCGAAGUCGGUGUUCAGUCACUGUACGAAGACGUGGCUCGCGACACUAACCGUGGCCACACGGUGGCGGCCGUGGCCGAGACCUUCUGCCUUUCCAAAGAUGCCGGGUUCAAAGUCGUCAGCCACAUGAUGCCCGACCUACCCAACGUCGGGAUGGAGCGCGACCUGGACCAGUUCAAGGAGUAUUUCGAGUCCCCCGCCUUCCGCACCGACGGCCUCAAGAUCUACCCGACGCUGGUGAUCCGCGGCACGGGACUCUACGAGCUCUGGCGCACAGGCCGCUAUCAGAACUACACGCCCAACGGGCUAAUCGACCUAGUAGCACGCAUCCUCGCGCUCGUGCCCCCUUGGACCCGCAUCUACCGUGUGCAGCGCGACAUCCCCAUGCCGCUGGUCUCGUCGGGGGUAGAGAACGGCAACCUGCGAGAGCUGGCGCUGGCGCGCAUGAUGGACUUUGGCACGACGUGCCGCGACGUGCGCACGCGCGAGGUGGGCGUCAACGAGGUCAAGCACAAGAUCCGGCCCAACCAGAUCGAGCUCGUGCGGCGCGACUACGCGGCCAACGGCGGCUGGGAGACCUUCCUCGCCUACGAGGACCCCAAGCAGGACAUCCUCGUCGCCCUGCUGCGCCUGCGCAAGUGCAGCGAGAAGUACACCUUCCGCGAGGAACUGACCGGCCAGCCGACCAGUCUGGUGCGCGAGCUGCAUGUUUAUGGUAUGGCGGUGCCGGUGCAUGCGCGUGAUCCGAGGAAGUUUCAGCAUCAGGGUUUUGGGACGCUGUUGAUGGAGGAGGCGGAGCGCAUCGCGCGCGAGGAGCAUGGGAGUGAGAAGAUGAGUGUGAUCUCGGGGGUGGGUGUCCGGAGCUAUUAUGCCAAGCUGGGGGUACUGGUUGGACGGCCCUUACAUGAGCAAGUAUCUCGAUGGGAGGCCGGGGCCGGAGGAAUAAACGGGGCCGGUAGGCGGCAUCAAAACCGACUGGGAGAAUAUUUGGGGGCCGGCUUCAGGGCAUCUUGGCGUUGGGCGACAUCAGCAUGCAUGACUUGGGAGGCGUUGGCGGCAACUACCAUCUGUCAUGACUGGAUACUUAGGUAGUUCAAAAUUUGCACGGGUUUCUGGUAUGCGUUGCCUUCUUUCGGUUUUGAGCCCGAGAGGGACAAUGGUCAAUAUUGCACACGAUAGACAGUCGCCAACUUAGGGCAGAAGCACGAUACCCACGACGCUUCACCCAUAUCCCGGCACCGUUCUGCAUACGGCAAUCUUGCCGGGGAAUAUGCUCGCA